AAUUUAAGAAAUGAAAUUAUUAGACUUCGUCAAAAUGAAAGAAGGCAGGCUAGGCGAGCUGAGAUAAACCGCCGUCGAAAUGAAAGAGAUGAGCCCAGGCGAGCUGAGAUAAAUCGUCGUCGAAUGGAAAGAGAUGAGCCCCGGCGAGCUGAAAUAAAUUGUAAUCAAAAUGAAAGAAAUCAGGCUAGGCGAGAACUUAAUAGGUAUAAUAUGCAUCGCAUAGCAAGAAAUAAUAUUGCUAUAGAGAGUAACUACCUCGGAGAAUUAAACCAUAAUUGUCAGUAUUGCAGUGCAAAGAAGUUUUUAAAUGAAACUCAUUUUUUGUGCUGCCAUUCAGGAAAAGUUGCAUUAGCUCCUCUUUCUCUUUAUCCGCCAUUGUUGACUGGUUUAAUGACAGGAAACCAUGUUGAUCAUGCUGUAAAUCAAAAUUUUUUUAAACACAUAAGGAGUUAUAAUUCCUCUUUAUCUUUUGCUUCCUUCACUGCCGAAAUAGCUCCUCCCUCAAAUAAUGGCCCUUUCUGUUUUAGGGUCUGUGGGCAAAUUUUGCAUCGUGUUGGAAAUUUAAGGCCUGCAGAAGGUUGUCUGCCCAAAUAUUGUCAGCUGUAUAUCUAUGAUCCUAAUGCAGCAGUGUCAUUCAGAAUGGAACAACCUGGUAAUGAUGGUUGUAUACAUGAGUUAAUGCAACUCUUGCAAACAUUAAUUAAUCAAGAAAACCCAUUUGCUCUUGCAUUUAAAAACAUGGCAGAAGUAGAGGAUGAAGAAAUCCGCCAAGCAGCUUUAGAAGGUAGACCAACCUCUGUUGUAAGAAUGUCUUUGCUUGAAGGUCAUGAUAGACGUCGAUACAAUCUUCCUUCCCAUGAGGAAGUUGCUAUUGUGUUUGUGGGAGAUGAUGGUGCUCCACCUGCAUCCAGGGAAAUUGUUAUAUACCCUCGAGGUCAGCCUUUAAGAACAAUUUCGUCUAUGUCUGCAAAUUUGGAUCCUUUGGUAUAUCCAAUAUUCUUCCCGAGAGGUGAUGCUGGAUGGCACAAUCAACUAGAGCACAACCCUGACCGUGCAACCCGUGUUAGAAACCAUGUUACUUUGUCUCAGUAUUAUAAUUAUAGGCUUGCUGUUAGACAAACUUUUAGUCCUAUAUUCUAUGGUAAGAAACUUUUUCAGCAAUAUGUUGUUGAUGCAUAUGUCAAAGUUGAGGGACAGCGCCUUGCUUUUAUUAGAAAUAACCAAAACAAACUUAGAAGUGAGCAAUAUGAUGCAUUGCAUGAACAUGUAAUUAAUCGUGCUAAUGAUCUUAAUGUAAGACCAGGCCGUGUUGUUAUAUUGCCUUCUUCAUUUUUAAUUUUCUUUUAUUUAUCUCUAGCUGCUGCUUCUUCUGUUACAACUGCUGCUUCUUCUGUUACAAGCUCGAAGUCAUGGGAAGAAUUCAGAAAGUAUCGCUCCCAGCAUCCAGGCCCUCUAUCUAUGAGGGCCUUCCAUCGCUGGUGUUUGUAUGGGGACGACCAUCCCUCCUUUAGAUGGAGGGAUGGCACCCCAUACAACACGGGGAAUAGAGCGGAUGCUGGGAGGAGAAGACAACGUGGCGCAAAAGUUGUCAAUAAUUUUUUUACAUAUUAAAAUGUAAAGAAAUUGACAACUUUUGAGCCACUUCAUUUUUUUUUUUGUAAUAUAUUUUUGUAAAUUUA